CUUGUUACGGGACACGCAGAGACACAAAGGGCGUGGCCAAAAAAAAAAAAAAACCCAAACACGAGCUUUUCGCGCGAGUGCGCGCGAGCUCAUGUCAUUAUUUGAAGCUCGACUUUCGGCGCUCGACGCGACACCAGGCGCGCGGUCACGUCGCGGGACACGUCAGAAACCACUAUUGCGCACCAUGAACGGAGUUUAGUACGUAGUUCGAGCGGAUCGCGAGGAGAUAUAAGGAAUAAGCGUGGUGUUGAUUUUUUUUUUUUACGCGGAAAGACCCGAGUGCAAAAAACAAACCACCGAAGUGUCCUGUCGACGACACACACGCACCAGCACUGGACUGAUAUCUACACACAGACACACUUUCACCGCCGCUUUUCUUUGCCAUGGCACGGCCACAUCCGAAUAGUAGGGUGGAUGGUCAGAGCCCUGUGCAAACUCAGACCUGCAGAAUGGAGGUACUUCGGCCCAUCGGAAGCCAGAUUCUGCCAUCCAGACAACGACGCAGGACAGUGUCUACUCAUACCAGCACUGCAUCAGCACCUGUUAUCCCUACACAGGACACCGUGAGCACGGAGUGUCCCCCCCAACAGGAAGGUCCACUAAGAGAUAGCUCAGGAACUGAGCAGGAGAGGUCAUGUCCCAGCAGGAGGCAGCAGCCCUUGCCCGAUCUCCUUCCCGAAAGCAGUAGCUCCUCAGGACAAUCAAGCCGGCGUGGAUCUGGGGCUGUUGAGGAGUCUGUGGAGGAGGAACAAGUGGUGGGCAGAGUGGCUAUCCAGUUGAGAACCAUAGGAGAUGAGAUGAAUGCUGUUUACCUGCAUAGAAUGAACGAAGGCGCACAGUGGCAGAACUGGAGAGGCCUGUACCGUGGCCUGGUCGCCUUCCUAUCCGACACAAUCAGCACCCUCUACCAGCUCAGAUAAACGGACGGGUAUUUGGCACUGCAGGGGGGGGUGCCGGCGCUCCCUAACACAGUCUCUAAUCUACUGCACUGGCUCGGGGACAUUUCUGCAGGCCCAGAAUGCACUGUGGAGUUUUUUUUUUGCUUUCUUAUAUGUUUGUGUUGUUUCUCGGUUGUAUAUGUUGUAUAUUUUUUUCCUGUCUCUUUUGGGAGGAGCUUCAUGUAGCAAGUGACUGAAGUGUGUGUCGGUGUGGGGGCAUGGUAAAGGGGAGAAAUGUUUGUGGCUGUAAAGAUCUGUGACGCUGUAAAGCACAAUCGGUUGGAUAUGUUUAAUUUUUUCGGGAAAUUAAGUUUUUGUUUUUGACCAACCUGAAGGCCUGGGUACUCAAAGAAUCUGAUGGGUCAACAAAUGUGUCAAAAAAAAAAGCAUAUUUAGAGAGUGGCCAAUUCAUGAAUAUAGAUCAUUCAUGGUUAUGAUCUAAAAUACAUUUGCGUUUUUUUUUUUACUCUAAGCCUUGUGUUUACACUAGCAAGAAACAGAACAAUAUGUGAUUGUUUAUUUUCUACAUAAGCAUGCAACACAGAUGUGCGUGCUGAAACAGGGCAGCAUUUAAUGCAAUAUUUUUUUCAGUGCUAUGCAAAUAAGCAAUUACAGUAAAGUGACAAAACAAAAAAUGGAUCAGAAGCAUCCUGUGCCACAUGCUUAUUUGUCCUGCAAACCUCUCUUUUUUAAAUUUCACUUCUUGUUUCCCUAUUCAAUCAUUUUCCACUCGAAAUAUUAAGAAAAAGCACAAAUUCAAUUCUGGCGGUCUUAAAUACAAUAUAAAAUACACUCAAGGGAGAUAAAUGGGUGAGAUGCAUACAUUUUAAAAUUUUACAAACUGUACGCAACAACAGUGCCUUGCUAGUGUGAACACUGGGUACCAAGUAUGACAACCGUUUUAAAACCAAAUGCCAAAAUUCAGUCUAUCCAGGUCUUCAGAAAGCACUAAUUGGAAGGAUGGGUUGUACCUCAGGCACUGAAAUGCUGUAUCUGCUCUUAGCUGCCUUACAGAACAAUACUGUGUUACAGCACAGGAAAAAAAGGCACUAGUAAAUGAGAUGGUCAGGUGACUGAGACAGACAGGCCUUUCAAAACCACACACUUCCUCAAAAGCGAACUCAGUGUGGUGAACAUGCCUUACAUCACCCUUUAAAAACCUACAUGUGCUUGAUUUAGCAGGGGCAGUCAGUGAACGGUGUUUUGGGUGGGGUGGGUGGCGGGGUAAAGGGUCAGUGCCUUGGUGCUCCCACCUGUACGUACACUUUGGAACACAACAUUCACCACUCAUUUCAAAGAAUGAUCACCUCCAAUGGAGGCACUAGAAUUGUGGCCGGAAGCCGCGUGGACCCACCAGACCACAGGCUAUCCAAAUGGCUGGGUAGCAGUGUUAAUAUUUGUAAUGAACUUGUAUGUACAUAAUUUGGGAGAUAAUGGCAACAAGCAAGAGAUGGAAGGAACUGUCCGUUCUCAUCCCGUUGUAUCGUGUAUAUUUUGGGGAAACUAAAGUACUUAGCAGUUCCUUGUUUUUGUUUGAAAACUGUUUGCCAGAUUCACAUUUCCUUAAACGUUUUAUGGACCAAUGCAGGGAGGUUAACAAAAUCCAAGAACUAGAUCUAAAUGUUCGCCGAAUUAUUUCGAUUUGGACAUUUUAAUUGCGUCAAGAUUUUAAAACAGGAUUAGUGUAUUAACAUUCCCAUUGAAAAUACUAUAAAUACCUAUUCUGAGAAACAAAGCAAUUGAUUUAUUUUUGUCCCUUUUUUUUAUGCUUGGUCCUUAGUGAGAAGUAGAGACAUAGCUAAUGUAUUUGGUUAAAAAUGAUAAGCUACUGCUGUAAACUAAAGUUAUUUUCAUGAAUUAUUUGGAAGAUUACUUUUAUGUCCUAUAAACAAGGCUUUUAAAGAUCAACCAGAUUGAACGAGCAUGGAGAUAAAGUUUAGUUCUCUGGGAAACACACUGUAUGUAUUUAUAUUACCAUUUGUUUUGUAAAAAAAAAACUUUAAAAAACCCCAAUAAAACUACAAAGAAGUAUGAAGCAAAACAUGCUAUGUUUAUUUCUGCUGUAAUUUAAAUUUUCAUGUCUUUUGCUGCAAUAAGAUUAUAGGAGAAACUGAGCCAGACCCCCAAACUUGAAGACAAAAGUUUUGAUAUGUAGGCUCAUUAAAAGGUAAUCCUCUGGGGCCUUCAGUUAGAUUGCUUGCAUGUUGCCAUUGUUCUCACAUGGAGAUCAUAGCCGUGUAUCUAACAAACCGCAUACGUGAUGUCUGUGGGUAAACCAUGUGAAAACUGUUAGCACUCUCCUUUUUUGGUCCUCUUUUUUUCACGUGGGUACUGUACUGUAUUUCUGAGCAUACUGAGUACCAGCGGUCUGUCUUGUGACUGCCUGUCUUAUGAUUUCCUGUGUAAAGCUGUGGCAUAUACCACUUCCUGUGGACAGUGUGUGUGGCUUCUUGUGGAUAGGUGUAUUCUCUGAUGCACUCUCUCCCUAAGGGAAAGGCCUUAAGUGUGAACUGUGAUCAUCACACUAUGCUCAAGCUUAUGUCAAUCUCAUUUUCUAGCCUUGUAUAUUUGCUGUUUGGACUUUUUUCUAUAAAUUUUCUAUAUGAAUUUUGGUAUGUUUUUUCCCCUUUGCCUUUUUAAAAUAAAGAGAAAUAUGACUA